AUGGCCGACGAGGAGCUGGCCGCUUUGCGGGAGUCGUCAGCCUUGCACCCGGCGUGCGAGGAGGCGGCGUCCGACGAGGAGCACGAUGAGAUCUUUCGCCACCUGUGGUGGCGCGUGGUGCCCGUCCUGUGGCUCGGCUACGUGCUCAACAUCGUCGACAGAACCAACCUGGGCUUCGCGGCACUUCAGAUGCAGCAGGACCUCGCUCUGACGGCGCAGUCAUUCGGCGUGGCGUCCGGCUUCUUCUACCUCUCGUACGGGCUGAUGCAGGUGCCGUCGAACCAUCUGGCGAGCCGGAUCGGGCCCGUCCGUGUGCUCGCCGUCUCAACCAUAUCCUGGGGUGCGGUGUCGGCUGCGACGUCGCUCGUCGGCGACGCCGCCGCGCUCUGCGCGCUGCGCUUCCUCCUCGGUCUCGCCGAGUCCGCCUUCUACCCCGGCUGCCUGUUUCUGCUCUCGCGCUGGUUCCCGCCGCAGUCGCUCGGCCGCGCGGUCGCCCUCUUCGCCACCGCGACGUCGGCGGGCGGGCUGCUCAGCACGGCGGGCUCGGGCCUGCUCAUGCAGCUCACCGACGGCGUGCGCGGCGUGCGCGGCUGGCGUUGGCUCCUCCUCCUCGAGGGCCUCCCCGCGAUUGCGCUCGGUGCCUGCACGCCCCUCCUGCUCGCCGAGUCGCCCGAGGCGACGAGCUGGCUGCGCGGCUGGCCUCCCCGCCGCCGCGACGCGCUCCUCGCCGCCGUGGGGCGAGGCCGCCGGAGCGCCGCGCCGCCGCCGCCGCUGAAGCGCUCGCUGCGCACCACGCUGCGCGAGCGGCGGACGUGGAUGUUUGCGGUGCAGUACGUCGGCUGCAGCAUGAUGCUCAACGUGUCGCGCUUCUUCCUCCCCACGCAGCUCCGCGAGGCGCUCCCCGCCGGCACCUCGCCCGCGCAGGUCGGCUGGCUGCUCGCCGUCCCCGCCGUCGCAAAGGUGGCCGCCAUGCCGCUCGUCGCGCGCUACACCGACGCAGGAGGGCACGCCCGCCGGCUCGCCGCCGUCGUGCGGCUCCUCGGCGCCGGCGCCGGCCUGCUGCUGCUCGCCGCCACCGCGAUGGUCGUUUCGUCGGGUCCGCCCUCCCUCGGCCUCGUCUCGCUCGUCGCCGCCGCCGACGUGGCGGUGCAGACCGCGGUGCCCGUCUUUUGGGCGCUGCACAUGGGCGGGCUGCCCGCGCCGCUCGCGCCCGCGUCGAUCGCCGUCGUCAACUCGGUCGGCAACCUCGGCGGCUUCCUCGGCCCGUCGCUCGUCGGCACGGUGCACGACGCCACCGCCGGGGAGAAGUGCGGUGGCCAGUGCCCGUGGGGGUGGGGCCUACUCGCCGUCGGCUUGGCGUUCGCCACUAUCACCGCCGCCGUCUCGCUCGGGCCGGCCGGACAGUACCGCGAGCCGCAGCUCUGA